ACCCAAAGCGUCUUUCUUUCCUUCUUCUUCAGUCUUCUCUCAUCACCGUUUCUCUGCAAUUUGAUUUCUUUUGGAGAAAUUUUUCAGUGACAAAAAAGAAGAAGAUUUUUUUAGUUUACUGAAGUACCCUUCUGCUGACGUUGAAACCCAGAUUUAAAUCCUCAUGUAAACUUUUUUUUUUAUAAGGGAAUUUUUUGACAUUUUUUUGCAGGUUUGGAUAUUGUUACCACAUGCAGGGAAACCCUAAAUUAUUUUUUGUUCAUUUUUCUUAUUUUUUUUGCAGCGUAUUUCUCUCUAUUUUUAAAGGUCUAAAACUAUGUAAAGAAAGAUUCUUUCAAGGUGAAGAUUAUGGAUCGAACUCAGACAUCCUACUUUUUCUUUUCGGGCGUGGGAAACUAUAUUCUUGAUCUGAAAUUAGAAUUGAAAGCCAUCUGUAGAUCCACCCCCCUGGGUUUCCUGGGAACUGCUGCCUAAGCAGCUCAGCUAGAAUUGGUCUUAAGGAAAUAGGAUCAUUGUUUCUUUCGCUGGUGGGGACAAUGAUCCUAACAAAGCAGUAUCGUUGUAUACACUCGUCUAGUUGUCAAUGCACAAAGGGUCAUCUAAGUGAAGAUGUGAUCUUCUUAGUGUUUCAACAACUCAACUGGAAUCCGAAGUUGAUUGCGACUCUUUCAUGCGUAUGCAAAUGGUUUGAUGAUCUUGCCAAGAGAGUACUAUGGAAAGAAUUCUGCAAAACAAGGGCCCCAAAGAUGAUGCUUGAUCUGCAAUCUAGUGGAAGUCACAGUGUUGAUGGGAACUGGAGAGCCCUUGGAAAACUGCUUAUCUAUUGUUCAGGUUGUAGCGGUGGUCGCUUGUUCAAUAGUGUUCAGAUCCCUGGUCAUUUUGUUUACAGGACCAGGUUCUCUAGGACCUCAGGGAAGAGCUUCCUUUUACCACAAUGCCGGACUGAUAUUUUAUAUGUGUCUGACCCUUGUGAACAUCUGGACCAAGGGGACGAGGGUGAUGUGGGAUUUUUCCGAGGAGUUUUCAAGUCAUUCUUGGUGUCCAAGGUUCGGAAGAUGUUGAUUGACAGGGCAGCCAAGCUUCAUCCAACAGCAGUGUGCCCUUAUUGUAAGGCAAAGUUGUGGGACAUGCUGCAAGCUAAGAUGAUACCGCAAAGUGCAAGCUGUAGGUUGGGUGCUUAUGAGGAUUGUAUCGAGUAUUACGUGUGCCUUAAUGGUCAUAUGCUUGGCAUCUGCACCCUUUUGCCAUUGUCUGAUUCUGAAGAGGCAUCUGAAUCAGAGUGAUAAUUUGAAUGCAAACCAGUUUGUUUGUCAUCUCAUGUGUGGAUUGAUCUCCUGGUGGAUCAGAUAUAGAUGGUGUGGAGACAAGAUGGACAGCACUAACCUUGGUUCUCUGAACCUGAAAUCAACCAUCAUAACUCGGGCUCCUCUCUCUGGUGUUUUGCUGCUUUGUCUAAAGCCCUCACCAAGUGUUCUCUAGAAGGGUUAGAAGCUAUUGCUAACCAUUUGCUUUUUUUAAUUAUACAUUGUUCUAAUGAUGGUCAGUGUGAAACGUGUAAUAUCCCGUACUUUGUACAUUUAUGUAUGGGUCAUAUAUGUUUGAAUAGAUGAUUGGCUUCUCCAAUAUUUCAUGAAGUUGUUGUUUAGAUCA